AUGUCGAAACCGCCUUCUAGAGUUGUCUUUGUGGGCAACAUCCCUUAUGGCCUGUCCGAGGAGCAGAUCAGCGACAUCUUCAGCAGCGCCGGCAAGGUCCUCAACUUCCGCCUAGUCUACGACCGUGAAACCGGACGGCCUAAGGGUUUCGGUUUCGCAGAAUAUCCCGACAAUGAUUCCGCAGCAUCGGCUGUCCGCAACCUCAACGACUAUGAGAUUAUGGGAAGGAAACUUAGAGUCGCCUUUUCCAACGAAGGCGGCAGUGACGACAACAAUGACAGCCACGGACACCAGGGCCGAGAUGGCGGCAACCCCUCCCAUGCCUCGAAUGGAUACAACCCGGUCGCGCCGCCGAUGCAGUCGAGUACGCUGCCUCCUCUUCCAGCCGGCAAGGAGCUUCCCCCGAACGUCACAGCAACCGACGCCAUCUCGCGCACUCUCAACACCCUCCCUCCUUCUCAGCUCCUCGAUAUCCUCACACAGAUGAAGGCAUUGGCCUCUACAGAUCCCGCUAGGGCGACCGAACUUCUCCAACAGGCACCGCAGCUGGCCUACGCCGUCUUUCAGGCCCUCCUACUCAUGGGUCUGGUGUCCCCCGAGGCGAUCCACUCCGUCAUCGAGCCCGGCGGCGCACCCGUCGCGCCUCCAGCGCAGGCCGCGCCGAUCGGCUACCCACCGCAGCCCACCCCUGGCUUCCCUCCGGUUCCCGUGAUGGGAGCUAACAACACCCCGCCGGUUGCCGGCACGCCGUACGCGCCUCCCCCGCAGCAAGCUCCCUAUGGCGCACCUCCGCCAGUCGCCGCACCCCUGGGCCAAGAUCCCGACGCGCUCAUGCGGCAGGUUAUGGAACUGCCGAUGGAGACGAUUAACAUGCUCCCCGAGGCAGAGAGACAGCAGAUCCUGGCGCUCCGUGCAAGCUUUGGUGGACAGAGGCGAUGA